AUGACGCGCGUCGCGUUAUCGCUCGCGCUGACGAUAUCCCUGCUCGCGGCCGUCGCGGCGGCACUGACCUACGAUGACGUCGCGGAAGCGUCCCGUUAUCUUCGAAUCUACGGCUUUCUGGAGAACGAGGAGAAUCAUCAGCAGUCGUCGCUAUUGGACAACGCGACCGCCCUAAGCGAAGCGCUAUCAUUGUUUCAGGAAUACUACGGCCUGCCGGGAAACGGCGUUCUGACCGUGGAAACGAUUUGCGUCAUGCGCAGGCCGCGAUGCGGCGUCGCGGACAUUCACGCUUACAGCCCGUUGACGAGAAAGUGGUCGAGGACGCAUCUCACGUGGAACUUCAAACUAGCGAACAGAGAUACUCUGCGCACGACUCAGAGCGCGUUCGCUCUGUGGUCCGAGCAAUCCUCUCUGACGUUCUCGCGCGACCCGCUGCGCCCCGAUAUACUGAUAUCCUAUCAAUCCGGCGCUCACGCGUACGAGAACAGCGACAACGGGGGCUCGUGUCCGUCGCCGUUCGCGGGACCGGGAUCGGUCGUCGCUCACGCGUUCUUUCCGACGGGAGAGCCCAAUCAAGUGACCGAGGUGCACGUCGACGAGACGGAGCCGUGGCACAUCACGCUGACCAGGCCCUCGUCGGACAGGCUGUAUCUCUUUCAGACGCUGACGCACGAGAUCGGCCACACUCUGGGUCUGACUCACAGUAUGAGGGAAGAUUCGGUCAUAUACGCGUACACGCCUUCGGAGCAAAGGCGAUAUCCGCUCAGGCUGAGCAUAGAGGACGUCAUAAACGUGCAAAAUCUCUACGGAUCGAGAGAGACGACGAUCCGAGAGAAUCCUACGAUCGUCGACGCUACUCCGACGACCGCGGUGACAACUACGACGACGAUGGCCUCGAUGACGACGACGACGACGACGGCCGCGGCGCCGCCGACGACCGCGAGGACGGUUAAGCCGUCGCUCGCUCCCUCCGAUAUCGCGGAUCUAUGCACCUUAGUAGGAUAUAUAGGAGAGUUCUAA